UAAAGAGUCCAAAAUCAUCAAGAGCAGUUAUACUAUACAAUUUAGUGUUUAAGCAUAAAAUUUUUCUUCAAUACUCAAGCCUCAAAAUGGGUACAGCCACUUUCGUUGAAAUCAUUCUGGCUAUUAUUUUGCCUCCUCUCGGCGUCUUUCUCAAAUUUGGUUGCAAGAUCGAGUUUUGGAUAUGUUUGAUUUUGACGCUGUUGGGUUAUCUUCCCGGGAUCAUUUACGCUCUAUAUGCCAUCACCAAGAAUUGAUUUGUUCCUCUCUCCUCUGUUCUUUCCUCUCUGUCUCCUUGAGGAACAGCUGCUUGAUCAUGUUCUCCCAUUGGGACUGAUUCAUCAUUUAUUUUGUGUUCUGAGUAACUAAUUAUCAUUGCUGUAUUUGUAUUAUUUAUAUAUGGAAAAGGAAUCGUUAUUUUAUGUGAGGAA